AUGCAGGUCCCUAGUCGACGUCGUAGCCGCGAUGAGGGAAAUGAUGAAGAAUUUGAUAGGCAGAAAGAUCGCAAGCAGCGAAGGCGCAGCGAGCGCCAGGCGCGGAAAAAGGCGCGCAUUGAGGCCCAUGAACAAUGGGUGGAGCAGCGGCGUAGUAUGAAACAAAAUGCCUAUGAAGAACGAGAAGAGAAGCAACACGACCGAAAAAGAGCACAACUAAACCGGUUGCCAUCAACCAACGCGUCUGCAGCUUUACCCCGCAGGGUCAAGGCAGUGGCAAGGAGCACGAAGAUAACCAACAACCAUAGUGGGGCUAUUGGUUCUCUGGACGAUGAAAACACUUGUUCAUCCUCCAAAACCCCUGCCUCAUCGAAGGAACACGUACCGCUGUACGAAGAGGAGCAGCCGUCAAUGAUGCUCGCAGGUGCGACACUGUCAACAAGAGCAGCAGAUACUUCCACGAUUGUUAUUAGUGAUAGCGCUAUGGAACCCACGUUGGCGAAAUAUACUCCACCGACACUCCGACGUAAGUUGACAGAAGAGACAAUCACUGGGCUGGAUGAACGUACACGACGAAUUGUCAACAAACUUACUGUGCGCAAUGUGGUAGAGCUGACAAGGGAGACUUCAGAUCUUUUUGGUGGUGCUGUCGAGGGGGCCACACGAGCGUCGGUGUUACAUAGCCUUUUACAGCACAUUAACCGCAUGUGCAUGUUGGAUACAGGACCCUUGACACCGAUUGUAAGUUUGCCGCUUGCGGGUCUUAUUCGUGGCCUCCAGCUGUUACAUGGCAAUGUGGUGGGAGCCGAGUUGAUUGAGGGCCUCUGUUUAGCACUUCAGGAACGCCUUAACGACAAUAGCGAGACAAGUGCAUCAAAUGGUGCUAUGGUUUUCGCUCAUCUUUAUCUUCUGAAUGCGGUGGAUUCGUUGCUUGCGUCCAGCUUUUUGUGUUCUACACUACGAAUUGAAGGCCAAAGGGGCGUCUGUGCCGUGGCGUGCGCGCUGACGUUUCUUCGCGCGUGUGGUGAGAAACUACUUAAGGAGGCACCUGGCCAAAUGGAACAGGCGUUGACAGAGGCAAGGGCAUCCUACAAGAGUCAAGAGCAGUCUAGUGUUCGGCACAGUACUCUUCUCAGUUACAUUGCAGAUAUUCUGACGGGACACACACGGAGUGCCAAGCGCACCGUAGAUGAGGAAAAGGCUCCUGUUGAGUCGUUGCUUAGGGAUAUGGCUACCUUGUUGCCAGGAGGUGGAGUGUCCGGCAGCAAACGUGUUUUUCAUCGCGUCAUGAGUACAACUAGCGUGUUAACGGGACUCACCUGGGCGCAGAUGAUGCGCAGUGAUAAACCCCCUCGUUGGUUUACCGCUGCGGCGUGGGAAAGUGUUGAUGGUGAUGUCAGUGACAACUUCAAAAUGCUUCCAAGGACCAGUACGGAGGCACUCUCAUCUACCACUUCCGAGGGUAAAAGCACGGAUGACGAGGAGGAUGAAGCGGAGCUGAAAGCUGAGCGUAUUCGACAACUGCGUCAACAGGAGAAGGCUAUAUCGGGGCAACGUUUUAACACUGAGAACAAGCGCGAAGUGUUUCAAGUUUGUGCAAAUUCCUCGGAUGAUUUAGAGGGUUUUACGCUGCUUAUGCACCGUGACCCUUCGUUUAGCCGGCUGCAUGACACACUGGCUGUUCUGCUGCAAUGCGCCUAUCAAGAGAAGGUGUAUAAUCCGUAUUACGCACAAGUUAUUCAACGAUUUUGCAGUGCAAAGGAAUCGUGUAAAAAUACACUUCAGUUCGCCUUGUGGGAUAUGUUUAAGGCGAUUCGUGUGGAGUCUGUCGAUAUCAUAGGAUACGUUAAUCUUUCCUGCCUACUCACCCACCUCAUUGAGGUGGGUGUAUUUACUCUGGCUGUCUUGCGAGGACUGGACUUGGACGGCACGAACCGGACGAUUGGGUUAUUUACUCGUGUUCUUCUCCUUCGAUUAAUUUUACAGUUACCUCCUGUAAGGCUUGCAGAGGUAUUUUUUGGCGGUGAUGGGUUUCGUGCACAUGACGUGAAGAUUGAUACUCGUGUCUUGAGAUCCAACCUGGCCGAGAUUGUGGAGCGCUACUUUGUCGACGAGCGAGAGUCCGGGAAAUGGAUUCCGCAUUUUUACGACGUGGUUGCUAGAGGCACUUCCUUCGAUGUGCAGCGACAAGACCGUCACAAGGUUGGCGGCAAUGGUGAAAGGGCAGUGGAUGAUGAGGCGCAGCUGCAGUUGUUUAUAAAACGGAUUCAUGUUGUGUUCAAGGCGUUGAAACGUGGCAUUUCUUGA